AUGACGGGUUUCCGUUCUUUGACGCCAAAGGUUGCUACUUUACAUUUACAAAUCAAAAUCACCAGCCCUGUCGACUCCGUUUUUAAUUGACGCCAGUUCAAGAGUCCCACUGAUCCCAAAUGCUCUCAGCCGCAGGGGAACAGGCCCACCGCCAUUCGAAGUGGGAAUGGAAUAAUAUCGUUACUCGCAAGAGAAACGUACAGAGAAAAGGGGAAGAGAUGAAGAUCACAGCAUUGCUGGUGCUUAAAUGCAGCCCCGAUGGGUCCGAUCCGGUUAUACUGGCCAAUGCUUCCGAUGUAAGCCACUUCGGCUACUUCCAACGCUCCAGCGUCAAGCAGUUUAUCGUCUUUGUGGGUCGUACCGUUGCCAAACGCACCCCUCAGGGCCAACGCCAAUCUGUCCAGCACGAGGAGUAUAAGGUGCAUUCGUACAACAGGAAUGGCCUUUGUGCAUUGGGAUUUAUGGAUGAUCACUACCCUGUUCGAAGUGCAUUUUCUCUUCUUAAUCAGGUGCUGGAUGAAUAUACUAAAAGUUUUGGUGAGUCAUGGCGAAAUGCUCAAGCAGACAGUACUCAGCCAUGGCCUUAUUUGAACGAAGCACUGACAAAAUUCCAGGACCCUGCAGAGGCUGAUAAGUUGUUAAAAAUCCAGAGGGAACUGGAUGAAACGAAAAUCAUCCUUCAUAAGACUAUCGACAGUGUCCUUGCAAGAGGGGAGAGGCUGGACAGUUUAGUCGACAAGAGUUCUGAUCUGAGUGCAGCAUCCCAGAUGUUCUACAAGCAGGCCAAAAAAACCAAUCAGUGUUGUACCAUACUGUAAGUUUUCAAGGUUAAUGUUAUCCUGUAACGGCACUCACCUACGUGAUGUUGAAGCUGCUGUACAAGGGGGAAUUGCCUUAUAUGUCUUCAUUGCUCGCGAUUGCUUAGUGAAAUUGUGUGGAUCCUCCCUCUAUUCUGCAUUGUGGAAAGGAA